AUGACUUCCGACAAUAUUAAAGUAGCCACAAAGAUCAGACCAAUGAUCCACCGCGAAGUAGCCGAUGGUCUAGAGCGUCUUUGGAACGAAUGUACAAAUUCAGAUGUAUAUGGAUCUGUAGUAAAACCUUUAGUCGAUUCCUUCAUGGAAGGUUUCAAUGCCACAAUAUUUGCAUAUGGCCAAACAUCUUCUGGCAAAACACACACCAUUUUGGGCAAUAAAACAGAUCCUGGGCUUUUCCAAUUAGUAUCCAAUCAGUUAUUCCAGCAUGUGGCAGACCAGGUUGAUAAGAGGUACUUGAUUAGAUGCAGUUAUGAAUCUACAAUGAAAGAUCAAUGA